AUGGGUCAUAGCUAUGUAUGCCAGAACUCUACUCCACAAAUUCCCAUAAAAAGUGACAUUUCUAAUUUAUACACUGUACAAGAGCCUAAUUAUAAUAGAUAUUAUCCUAAUAAUUCCAUUUAUAAGGAGUCAAUCCGUGCUCCCACGUUAAGUGACAAGCUUCAAAUUGUGCAUGUAUUUGAAUCCUUUUUAAACUAUCCCGUUGACAUUAAUAAGCACAAUUUAAGAUGCUCUACUGAUAUCUUCACACUUGUUGAUAAUAAGGGAUGCAUAGCAUUGCAACCACCGUCCGAGAUUAAUACCCACGGGAUCACAGGAGUAGUUGCAGUGUAUGAUUCCGGUUAUGUUACAAUUACAGAAUCAUCUUUAUUACGUGAUAAGUCGAAGGAAUCUGAAUCUACUGAACUUGAAAAUUCUAUGGCAAAAUUAUUUUAUUGGCUUGAACCAAAACUUUCAAAUGAAACAAGUAAUGGAGAUAUUCCAGAAAUUAGACUUAUAAAUGUUAUUGGGAAGAUAAUUGUUCUACCAGGACAUAUAUUUUAUUUAGAAGAAUUAUAUGAUUAUAUAACAAAGGAUUUUUCACAUUGGAAUGUAAUUUAUGACCCAGAAAUAUCGCCUUUCUUACUUAUACAAAGAUUUCGGCAAGAAACUGGAUGCAGAAUCAAUUUUAUCCCAUCAAGAAACAGUAAUGAAUUGGCGCACUCAACGGACUAUAAAGACGUUUUAACAAUGGAUGUUUCUAAUGGGUUUAAAAACGAGCUAAAUGUAGGAUUUGGAGACCUUUCCAAAUUAACUUGUGAUUUGCAUUCCAAAGCAAACUCUAUAAUUCAGACAACCAACAAUCACCACACUCCCCUAUUCCAUAGAUGGCCAGAUGAUAAGUUGAGGGCAAAAUGGCUAUUACAGGAUCUGAAUGAUCAGGAAAAGGUACGAUUUCUAAAGUCUAACGAUGAUUUUGGGAAUUAUAGUUAUUUAAAGUGUGUAAUAAUAGUCACUAACAAUAACGCGGUGAUUCAUAGCGCCCUUGAUGCUGAAUGCAUUCAAGAGUCCUAUAAAAAUAUUAGGGAAAUACUGGAAUUUUUUUCUGGUACUCCAAAUGAUAGGUUUGCUUAUUGA